GGGCGGCGGAGCUUGGCAGGCCCCGGCGCGGGGCUGCGCGGCCGCACCAUGUUCCUCGGGCUGGCGGUCGCGCUGCAGGUGCUGGCGCUGCUGGCGAGCCGGGGGCACGGCUUCCCCAAACCCGCGGGCACAGAUAAAGCUAUACACAACAGACAGUUAAGUGUAGAAAGACCUUUGGAGGAACAGAUUGCUGAAGCUGAGGCAGACAAGAAUAGGAAAAUAACUCCCACAGAAAAUAAGCCAGAGUUCAGGAAUUACUCCUUUGUUGAUGACCUGAACCUGCUCAAAUCAGUAGCAGAAAGAGAAAGGAAUGAGAAGGAGAGGGAGUCAAUUAGAAGCUCUUUGUACGAACAGCAACUGGCCAUUGAUGAUGCAGACUCCACCAAGAACCGCAGGCUUGUGGAUGACUAUGACUCCACUAAAAGCGGGCUGGAUUAUAAAUUCCAAGAUGAUCCAGAUGGCCUUCAUCAAUUAGAUGGCACUCCUUUGACUGCUGAAGAUAUUGUUCAAAAAAUUGCUGCAAGAAUUUAUGAGGAAAAUGACAGAGGAGUGUUUGACAAGAUUGUUUCAAAACUUCUAAAUCUGGGGCUAAUCACAGAGAGUCAGGCCUAUACCCUGGAAGAUGAAGUGGCAGAGGUUUUACAACAGCUAAUUGCAAAUGAAGCAAAGGAUCGUGAGAAGGAGUCUGAAGAUUUUGAUUACCCUGCCAGCAGAGCAGACAGUGAUACAAAAGAAAAGCAACAGGAAAGAAUGACAUCAAGCAAAUCUGAUCAGGAUAGUUUCAUUAAUGGAGAAGCUGAUGAUACACUGGAUAACACGUGGUCAUCAUCUAACGUGCUAGAAAGAAGAAAUGAGCUGCCUUCUGAAGAUAAUUUCGAAGAUCUCCAAUAUUUUCCAAAUUUUUAUGCAUUAUUAAAAAGUCUUAACUCAGAGACAGAGACAAAAGAGAAAGAGACCUUGAUAACUAUCAUGAAAACCCUGAUUGAUUUUGUGAAGAUGAUGGUUAAAUAUGGAACAAUCACACCAGAAGAAGGAGUUUCCUAUCUUGAAAACUUAGACACAAUGAUAGCUGAGCAGACAAAGAAGAAGCUUGAAAACCCUUCCACUAAAACCAGGACAAAACUAACAGCAGACAAGAGUAGUGAAGAGGCAGACAGUACAAAGGAAGAAGCAGCUAAAAUGGAAAAGGAAUAUGAAGUUUCAAAGGAUUCUACAAAAACUGAAGGACAAAAUGCAGCAGGAAACAGUGGAGAAUCCGGAGGGAAAUCUGAGGCAUAUUUGGAAGCAAUCAGGAAGAACAUAGAAUGGCUGAAAAAACACAAUAAACAAGUGUUUCUUCAGUGCAAGAUUAGGUGGUGUUGCUGUGCUCAUCAAUCAUUUCUCCACUUCCAGCUGGCACCUGGGGGCUGCCAGAAAAGCGAUUCUCAAGACUAUGAUCUUUCAAAGCUGAGGGAUUUCAUUGAUCAGCAAGCUGAUGCUUAUGUGGACAAGGGCAUCCUGGACAAGGAAGAGGCUGAUGUAAUUAAACGCAUCUAUGGCAGCCUGUAAAGAGUUAGUGACUGCCAAACCUGUAGAAAUCUAGUCUAGUUUCCCCCACUCCUGGCUCAAUUACUUAUGAUCUGUUAAUUUGAGGAUAUCAUUAGAAAUGCUCUGUUUACAUUGUACUGACAACUCUAGACAGAAAUGAAGAGCUGUAGUGCUCCAUUCACUUUCUGCAUACUGUAUUUUCCCACAUUCACAAAGCAACUCUAAACACCAAAUUCUGACACUGAAUUUAUAUUUGAUAAGGUAAAUAUUUCUGUAAUGCUCUCUUUGAUUUAUUGUUUGUGUUUGGUUUACUUUUGUAGCUAAUCCAAUCAUUUCUGAUGGAAAUUUCUUUUAAUGCUACAUUUUUUUGCUUUCACUCAACUAGCUUUCUAUAGAUGUAACUAUGUAAAGGGCAUUAUGAGAAAAUAGUUCAUAGUUCUCUAAAUAAAAUAUUUGAAAAUAA